UUGAAGGUAUCAUAGAAGGGGACAAGCAUCAACACCAAAUUGCUUUAGCUUGUUUAGCGAGUUGCUGCUACUAGCUAUCCUAUAGUAUGUAGUACGAUAAACUUAAAGCCUUCCGGGCCGAAAACGUGACAAUAUUCGCCUUGAAGGAUUAUUAAAGAGGCUGCAGCAAUGGGUCCGGACACUACACCUGUCCCUAAAACAGAACCUUCAGAGGAAAGUCCAGGAGCAAUUGUGGUGAAGAUAGUCUCAGAGUCAGAUUCCAAUGAUGCUUCAACUGCUGCAGAAUUUGAGAACUCCAUACAACCAGAAAGCAACAUAUCAGACAAGUGCUACCCGUGCUCCAUCUGUGGCAAGAUAUUUGACAGACCGUCGAAGCUAGAGAGGCAUAAACCUGUGCAUAUGAGGAAGCCCAAGACUAUUCAUCAGUGUAAGCAUUGUGAUAAGAUCUUCACACAAGAGGAGAAGCUGAUCCGACACCAGAACUGCCACAAUAGGACUAACCAGCACCCAUGCCCCGACUGUGGGAAAGUGUUCAAUAGGCCUUCCAAGUUAGAGAGACAUAGACGGACACACUCAAAGACACCAAAGGUGCCUCAUCAGUGCUCGUACUGCAUGAAGACAUUCAGUAAACUGAACAAACUUGUCCGUCACAAGCGUAUGCACACCGGGGAAAAGCCUUUCACCUGCUCGGUCUGCGGAAAAGGAUUCUCUGAGUCAGGGCACUGCAAAGCGCACGAGAAAACACAUGAGGAGCAGCCAGAAAAACCUCACUGCUGUGCAGACUGUGGGAUGUGUUUCUUUAAGGCCUCAGAGCUCCGUCGACAUUUUCGCUCCCACACAGGUGAGAAACCUUUCAGAUGCACCUUGUGUGAGAGCUGCUUCUCCCGCUCAGAGGGACUGAAAAGACACAUGAGGAGCCACACAGGAGAAAGACCAUACAAAUGCAUUAUAUGCGGAAAAGGAUUUUAUUCUCGUCAGGAUAUGAAUAUUCACGGGUUGACCCACUCAGGAGAGAAACCUCAUCUGUGCCCCGUGUGUGGUAAAGGCUUCUCGCAGCUGGGCAACAUGAAAGAACAUGAGCAAAAUGUUCAUAUUAAGGCAGAGAAAUAUAUUUGCAAUGAAUGUGGGGCAACUUUCACACGGUACAAGUCACUGACAAAGCAUCAGCGGACACACACAGGAGAAAGACCCUAUCUGUGCCUCAUCUGUGGUCGUAGGUUUUCUUGGAGCCAUUCUCUUAGCAGACACCGGAGGACGCACACACACAGACAGAUGUCUAUGGACACACCUAAAGACAUCAUAAGUUUUGAAGGACCCUGUGAGAAUCCCAGCAGCGAAAAGUAGCUAUAAAGUCCUUAUAGAACGCACAAUUCAUUUUUGAGUCGUGUUUCUGGAGAGGAACUGACAAAUUGAAUUUACUCAUUAGUAUUGCAUUGACGGCAAAUUUUCACCUUCUGAGAUGAUUUAAUGUGCUGCGGGCUUUUUAAUUUGUCCAUGAAAUGUCCAUUACAAAUUCUUCUUAAAGGACACCAGAUUAUACCAUUUUCUCUUUAAAUUCUUUAUUGAUCAAAUCCAAAAGGUAAGCCUUCUGGCAAGGGUUGUUAAUCUCAUAUACUGACAGUUAAAAUCCAUACUGUGCCUAAAAAAAUACAAUUUAAGCUUGAUGGAUGUGGAUUAGCUCUGAUCAAAUUGUCCUUUUAUGACAGAUUUGGACUUGAGAGAAUUUACAAAAAGUUUUGUUACAAGCAAAAAUAGACUUGCUCUAUCAGAUUGCCUGAAAUUAUGGUUUACCAUUUAGCCAAAUUAGUACAAUUUUUUCUUUUUUUUUUCUUUUUUUUUGCUGAAUUUUAAAAUGGGAAAUGAAGAAGCAAUCCACUGAAUUGGAUUUUAAUAUUUGGUUUCUGUGACCAAAUAUAAACUUUUGCAAAAGACAAAAGCUGUAAAGCUGCCAUGCAUAAAAGUCAUACAGAUCAGAUUGCAGCAUUGUGUGCAACACACAAAACAGUCACAACUUCCUGGUUGCAUAGCUCAACAGAUCAAACAGCAAGAUCAAUUUUGGUUAUUCAUUCUUUCUUUUGACAUGAGCACAAAACUAGAACCUGACAUUUUUCUUGUUGUUGAAUUCGUAAAAACAAUAGUGAUAUAUUUUUCAAUUUUCCAAAUUUGGAUUCCCUGUAGAACCUGACUACAAGGAAUAAUAUACGGAUUCAGUACGGUGCAUACUACGAGGUAGCUUAGUUAUUUUGUUACUGCAGUUAACUGAACAAGAAUCGACUUCAAAAAACUGCCAAAAAACUUUUUUUUAAAAAAAUAUUUCCAUCCAUCCAUCCAUUCUCUAUACACUGCUUUAUCCUCACUAGGGUCACGGGGGGUGCUGGAGCCUAUCCCAGCUGACUCGGGCGAAGGCAGGGGACACCCUGGACAGGUCGCCAGUCUGUUGCAGGGCUACAUUUUUAUAUUUCCAUCAAAUGAUUAUAAUUUUUCAUAACUGAUUAGUAGCUCCUGUAAUGUUCUCUAUAUAGGUAGGCUAUAUCACCCCUCACCACAAAACACCUGCUGUGAUUUCAUUGCUUACAGUGGCGUGUAAGUGAUUACAUGUGUGCAGUUAGUAGUUUUCUUCUUCUAUGAAUUGUGGAAAAUUGAAUUAAAUGAAUUUUAUACUUUAAAAAAUAAAUUCUGUUUUAUAUUGGCAUUUGCUGAAUAUAUAAAGUGUAGUUGCAUUUUGCAUUGAUUGUAUUUGUGAUGCUGUCCUCGUAUACAAGAGCUUACAGUCAAUAAAUAGAUACAUUGCUCUUUUCUGUGAUUCCCUUCAUGGUAAUACAACACAAUGGGCCGACAACGUUCUUGAAAACAUAUUCAAGAAAUGUAUACAAACGUGUUAAGUGCUUAAGGUCUCUUUAUGUACCACGGAAUUCUGCUGCAUUACUCUUUUAUUGUUCACAUUUAGCAGAUAAAGUAGUAGAUCAGUCUCUACCAACAGCACAGACACAGUAAAAACCCGUUUUGAGCACGGAUAGCAACAUUUGUCGUCAAACGGAAAACGCAAACGGGAAUUUCCGGUAGGCACGUAAAUGUCGCAUGCGUGUCAGCACGGUCGUUGCUGUUGCUAGGUAACCUUUUGUUGGUGGCUGCAACUAUCGAAAAAUCGUACCGGUACCGUUUACUAUUGUGGCAAAAUUUUUAUACUGUGUGCUUAUGAGAGUAGGCCAAAUAGAUCAAUAGGUGAAAGAGGAACUAGCUUUAGUUUAAACCAUGUCUCUUGAAACCCUGAGCGUCCCUCAACUGGAACUAGAGGCUGUUAUUGGGUUCAACGGGCAUGUGUUUUCAGGCCUGAGAGUCCAUCCAGACAGAGAGCACCUGAUCUAUCCUCUGGGAUGCACAGUUAUACUGAAGAGAAUCAAAGAUGGCAAGCAGGAGUUCCUACAUGGACACACAAACAAUGUGUCCUGUAUUUCAGUGUCCAAAAGUGGGUCAUACAUUGCCUCCGGACAGGUCAACUUUAUGGGCUUUAAGGCUACAGUAAUUAUCUGGGACUAUGCACAGCGAAAGAUCUAUGCUGAGCUGCUGCUCCACAAGGCUAAGGUAGAAGCACUGGCCUUCUCCCCAAAUGACAAGUACCUGGUGUCCCUCGGGGGUCAAGAUGAUGGCAGUAUAGUUGUGUGGAAUAUUGAGACCAAGCAGGCCAUAUGUGGGAGUGCAGCUUCAUCUCAGAGUUCCGGUCACUGCUUCACUGUACAAUACUCAAACACAAAUGACAAUAUCUUUGUUUCUGCUGGGAGUGGAACACUGCGAGUUUGGGAGUUGGACCUCCCCAACAGGAAGAUCUGGCCCACAGAGUGUGAGACAGGCCUGCUGAAGAGGAUUGUGAAAUGUAUGGAGAUUUCAGAUGAUGAUCAAUUCAUUUUCUGUGGCACUACAAGUGGAGACAUAAUGAAAAUCAUCCUGAGCACCAGGCGUCUGAGAGACUGUGGACCAAAUAAAAAAAAUACAGGUGUCAGUGCCCUGAGGAUAUUGACGUGUGGGCACCUUCUCGUAGGUUCUGGGUCUGGCGCCUUCACUCUGUGUUCCAGCACCAACUUCAAAACUCUUAAGGAAGUCCAGCUGGUAAAGGGGGUGACCUCCAUCGCUACAAGAGGAGAGGGACAGCAGUUCUUUGUUGGCACAGAGGCUGCUCAGAUGUACCGCUUCAGUUAUGAAGACUUCAAAGCUGAACUCAUGUCUACCAACCACAAUAAUGCUGUCAAGGACGUCGCCAUCCCUUUUGCAAUAUCAGAAUUAUUUGCGACCUGCACUGAGGAGGACAUCAGAGUGUGGCACAUAGACAAGCCCAUAGAGCUGCUGCGCAUCACUGUGCCCAACAUAACCUGCAAUUCUUUGGGCAUUAUGGCAGACGGACAUAGCAUCAUCAGUGCGUGGAAUGAUGGUAACAUUCGUGUGUUCGCACCGGAAAGUGGUCGGCUCAUGCUCAUCAUCCACAAUGCUCACAGGAUGGGAGUGACAGCAAUCGCUGGCACCAGGGACUGCAGGAGGAUUGUCAGUGGAGGGGGAGAGGGACAGGUGCGUGUUUGGGAGCUGCAGCACCAGGGCCAUCGUCUGCUGGAGACUAUGAAGGAGCACAGAGCCUCAAUCACUUGUAUAAAAAUCAAGAGUAACGACAAAGAGUGCGUCACUGCCAGCUCUGAUGGUGCCUGCAUCAUCUGGGAUAUUGUGCGAUUUGUGAGCCUUCAAAGGAUGAUCACCAACACACUGUUCCGGACCGUGUGCUACCAUCCAGAGGAAUAUCAGAUCAUUACCAGUGGCACCGACAGAAAGGUUGCCUACUGGGAAGUGUGCGACGGCUCUGCCAUCAGAGAACUGGAGGCAUCGCAGUCUGGAGCCAUCAACAGCAUGCACAUCACACAGGAUGGAAAACACUUUGUGACAGGUGGAGACGACAGACUGGUGAAGGUGUGGGACUACAUGGCAGGUGCGGUAACCUACGUGGGGAUAGGUCAUGGUGGCAGCAUCACCAGUGUCAAGAUCUGUGACAACAACCGCAUCUUAGUCAGCACCAGCGCAGAUGGAGCCAUUUUCCGGUGGAAGUUCCCUCAUCCACCUUCCUCCUAACUUGAAACUUGAAGAAUCAGAAAGACAGAUGGAAUCCAUUUCUCUUUUUGCAUAGUCAUGAUACUACUAAACUAAUUCUCAAAUCAUUUUUCCAAUUUUUUCCACCUAUUUUUUCUGUAUUUUUCCUUACAUUUUUUUUUAGCAAAUGUUCCUAAAAGAAUUCAACAAUCUUACAGCAACACUGUGGAAUGGAUUUACACUCAUCAAAAAAUGUUUGUAAAAUGAUGGAGAGGUUCAGAAACAAUAGCUGUAUUAGAUUUUCUUUUUAUGCAGAGAAAGGAAAAUGCAUGUAAGUAGACUGAUAAAGUAAUCAAACUCCUUCACAACUUCUACACUAUGCUGUGUUGUGGAUUUCGUUAAUUUCAUUGAUAGUUUCAAACUGAUAAAAUUACAAUUUCACACAUUAAUCUGCACUUGAUCCACAUGAGGGAGAAAAAAAAGCAUGUUUUAUUUA